AUGAGGCUUCUGGAAAUGCGAAGGUUGAAUGUUUUGAAUCUCCAGAAGCGCAACUCAACGAAUAAGAUUGCACCCACAACCACACCCCAGAGCCCUCUCAUCGCCCAACGACUACGCCGCCCUAUAUCACCACACAUGACAAUAUACAAAUGGAACUAUGUUUCAUCGGCUUCGGCCUUGCAGCGAAUUUCCGGGGUUCUCCUCUCAGGAAGCCUGUAUGCUUGUUUCACGUUCUACCUGGCUGCUCCGGCGAUGGGGAUACACUUUGACUCAACUUCCGUGGUAACCGCAUUUGGAUCUCUGCCAAUCAUUGUGAAGGCAGCUCUGAAGUUUGUCCUCUCGAUGCCUUUCACAUGGCACGGAUUCAACGGUAUAAAGCAUUUGAUCUGGGACACUGGCCGGUGCCUCACGAAGCACAGCAGUGGAAGGGUGACGUGGUUGGUUCUUGCAUGCAGUACAAGUGCAUCGCUCGCUUUGACAUGGAUUUCGCUGUGA